AUGUCUGAAGGCUACAAAUACCAUGAAAUCUCCAACAAGGUGUUGCGGGCCGAUAAGAGGCUGUUGGAUCGAUCUGACAAAAAUGCGGCCACACCUCUGCAGUCCAUGAGCGGCAAGAUCUCGCACCAUGAAAUGGGAUCUAGGGUAGUCAAGACAAAGGUUAGUGAAAAGGAUGCGAAGUUGGUGGAGAAGGUGAUUUCGAAACCAAAAAGUCAUAAAAAUGCUCCUUCUGCUGGUGCGGUUAGUGUAUUGGAUUCUUUAGAAGGAUUGAAAUACAACCCAGUUACAGAACAAGCACUAUCUGCAUUUGCUCAGAUUUUGUCUUGGUGCUUGAAUAUACUGGAUUCAGAUGCUCCUCAGGAUGUCAUACGAUCGCUGGCAGACAUUUUGUUGGAAAUUGUGAAAGAUGAGAACACAAUGGAGCAGGAGAAGAAGACAUUGUGUGAGGAUGCUCUUGGGAGCACUAUAUCGAACGACCAGUUUGCAGAAUUGCUAGAUCUCUGUAAGCUGAUUGACGAUUAUGAAACUAAUGAAGAACGUCACAGCGAGGAAGGUGUUGGUGUUGUUUUUGAUUCCGGAGAAGAAGAAGAGGAGGAAGACGCCAUGAACCAGAUCGAUGACGAUGAUGAAGACGAGGAAGAUGGCGAUGGUGGUAAUGAGGUUGUCGCCGACUCCUCAGAUCGCCUGGCCGAGUCUUUCGAUGAAAAUGUUUCUGUUUCUCUAUCAUCUGUCAGUCGAAGCUGGCUGCAAGACGAAAUAUCAUCUCUUUUUAGAGAACUGGAUAGCCACAGUCAUAUCCAAUUGACCUCGAACAUUACACAAUUACUUGAGGCUGUGAUCUCUGGGAAAAAAGACAACAGGUCUUUCGAAAAUGAGUUGCUCGAACUCUUUGAGUUCAAGCAGCCUCAGUUUGUGCGUCUUCUAGUGAAGAAUAGUGCUGCUAUACACUUUGGUCUGGCACUCGAUUCUGCCAAAACAGACGAAGAGCGCCAGGAAAUAACACAACAGAUAAUUGAGCGCGGUUAUAGUAGCUUAUUGGCUGAUGAGGACGAACCUGCUAGAAAGAAACAGAAGCUGGGUUUUCCAAGCAGUAUCGCUGCAAUCAGCCGAGCACCAAAGAUUGUGAAUUUGGAGUCUCUCGUUUUCGACCAAGGAUCUCAUUUGAUGACUGCUUCGAGGUUCAAUCUUCCACAAGGCUCGUUCAAGAGAGCCAAGAAAAACUACGAAGAGAUUCAUGUCCCAGCUCCUCAAGCUCCUCCGAUGACAGAUGAACUGGUGCCUAUCCCGUCUUUACCUGAAUGGGCGCAGUCGGCCUUUGGAGACACUCCAACCCUCAACAGAAUUCAGUCCAAGGUAUAUCCAUGUGCCUUCAACAGCGAUGAAAACAUGUUAUUGUGUGCACCCACUGGUGCCGGUAAAACCAACGUUGCAUUGCUCACUGUUCUGAGAACUCUUUCCAAAUUCAGAGACGAGAAAACUGGCCAACUUGAUCUGGACAAGUUCAAGAUUGUUUACAUUGCUCCGUUGAAAGCUCUGGUACAAGAGCAAGUGCGUGAGUUUUCUCGGAAACUCAAACAAUACGGCAUACAGGUGAAUGAGCUCACGGGUGAUUCAAAUCUCACGAAACAGCAGAUUUCCACAACGCAAAUACUUGUGACAACUCCAGAGAAAUGGGACGUCAUCACCAGAAAAAUGUCUGACAUAUCUUACGUGAAUCUUGUUCGUCUAGUUAUCAUUGACGAAAUCCAUUUGCUCCAUGACGAGCGUGGUCCGGUGUUGGAGAGUAUUGUGGCCAGAUCGUUACGCUCUGAGGAGGAAGGUGAUGAACCAGUGAGACUUGUUGGGUUAUCGGCAACUCUGCCGAACUAUAAGGAUGUUUCCACUUUCUUGAAGGUUCCUAAAGAAGGAUUAUUCUACUUUGAUGCCUCAUAUAGACCAUGUCCUCUGGCUCAACAGUUCAUCGGAAUCACAGAGAAGAGAGCACUGAAGCGUUACCUUGCUCAGAACGACGUUUGUUACGAAAAGGUUCUAGAAAGUGUUUCCGCUGGACAUCAGGUAAUUGUCUUUGUUCAUUCAAGAAAAGAUACAGCAAAAACCGCCAAAUGGAUAAGAGAUAAGUUCCUCGAAAUGGAACAGUUGAGCAUAGUGAUGAAGUCAGAUGCAGGAUCAAGCGAGAUUCUACGUCGUGAGUCAGAAAACGUGAAAAACGGUGAUCUCAAAGAUCUCCUGCCUACAGGUUUUGCAAUUCAUCAUGCUGGUAUGAACCGUCACGACCGUUCCGUUGCUGAAGAUCUUUUCGCUGAAGGCUAUGCUCAAGUUCUGGUAUCAACUGCUACACUUGCUUGGGGUGUGAACUUGCCAGCCCACACCGUUAUAAUCAAGGGCACCAAUGUGUAUUCCCCUGAGAAAGGUGCGUGGGUGGAGUUGUCUCCACAAGAUAUCUUGCAGAUGCUGGGUAGAGCCGGUAGACCGCGUUACGAUGUCAACGGUGAAGGUGUUAUCAUUACUUCGCAGGACGAGGUGAAAUACUACCUGGCCAUUUUGAACCAACAGCUACCCAUUGAGUCUCAGUUGAUUUCUAGGUUACCAGAUUGUGUUAAUGCUGAAAUUGCUCUGGGAACGAUCAGAUCCAGAGAGGAAUGUGUUGACUGGUUGAAGUAUACGUACUUGUACGUGCGUAUGCUUGCCUCUCCUGAUAUAUACCGAGUCGGGCCCGAAUACGAUGCUGAUGAGGCGUUGCUGCAUAGAAGACAGGAUCUGGCUCAUUCUGCAUUAACGGUGUUGGCAAAACAUCAUCUGGUCAAAUACGAUCCUGUGUCGGGAGUUGUCAUGCCAACUGACUUGGGUUUGACAUCGUCACAUUUCUAUAUCUCUCACGAGUCUAUGAAUCGUUACAACAUGAAGCUGCAGCCCUAUUUUACAGAAAUCGAGCUUCUGCAAGUUUUCGCUGAAUCUGAGGAGUUCAGAUUGAUGCCUGUCAGACAGGAAGAGAAGCAGGAAUUGCGCAAGCUAAUAGAACGUGCUCCUCUCCCGGUUAACGACUCCGUUGAUGAUCCUACGUCCAAAGUCAGUGUUCUUCUACAGUCCUACAUAUCGAGACUUCAGCUGGAAGGAUUCGUUUUGAUGGCAGACAUGAUUUACAUCACGCAAUCCGCCGGGCGACUACUAAGGGCCAUCUUUGAGAUUGUUUCUAAGAAAGGAUGGGCCAGGUUGAGUCGUAUUGCUCUGAACUUCUGCAAAAUGGUGGAAAGACGUAUCUGGAUGACCAACUCUCCGUUACGUCAGUUCCCUGAAUCACCAAGGGAAGUGAUAUCUGCUUCAGAAAAAUCUCUGACGCCUUGGGCUCAUUACCUUCAACUCAGCAGUGAAAUUGAAGUUGCUCAGGCUUUCAAAACAGAAAGAUACGCUAGACUAGCGUACUCUCUGCUCAACCAAUUUCCAAAGAUGACUGUUGAAUCCCGAGUCCAGCCAAUUACUCCUUCUCUGAUGAGGGUCGAGUUGGAAGUCAAGCCUGAUUGGGUUUGGAAUAACGAUAUACAUGGAGCGGCAGAAUCGUUUUACCUUCAGGUCGAGGACUGCGACUCCGAAAAGAUUCUUUACCAAUCACAGUUUCUAGUAAGGCAGAGAUAUAUUGGACAAGAGCACAUUGUUGAUUUCACUGUUCCACUGUUAGAUCCUCUUCAGCCAAACUAUUUUGUCUCGCUGAUCUCAGAGAAAUGGUUACAUUGUGAAAUCAGAGUCCCUAUUGUUCUGGAGUCUAUCCAGGUUCCGAAAAAGUUCCCAGCUCCCACGCCUAUUCUCAACCAAACACUUGUACCCACAUCUGAACUGAAGGUCGCCGAAUUCGUUGAUGCUUUGCAAUUCCAAACGUUCAAUAAGGUCCAAUCGCAAGUUUGGAAGCAAUUAUUUUCAGAAGAAGACUCAAUCUUUAUUGGCUGUGCAAAGGGUUCGGGAAAGACUGUAAUGGCAGAACUUGCGCUAUUCAACCAUUGGAACAACAGUCGGGGCAGAGCAGUUUACAUUUCCUCGACUCAGGAACAACUCGACGUUUUGUUCAAGAGUUGGUCUUCGCGCUUUAAGGACCUUGCUGGAGGAAAGACAAUCACCAAGUUGACCGGAGAUCUAAACUCUGAUCUCAAGUCUUUGGCGUCUUCUCAUCUGAUCAUGGCUACUCCUAAGCAGUUUGACGUCGUCUCUCGUCGUUGGAGACAGCGUAGAAACGUGCAGUCAAUUGAGCUGGUUGUGGCUGAUGAUUGUCAUACAGUUGGAAACUCUGAUAUUGGCGUUGCGUAUGAGACUAUUCUUUCGCGGAUGAGAUUCAUGUCUGCCCAGACCAAAAAUAGUUUGAGAAUUGUUGCUUUGAGUGCGUCUUUGGCCAAUGGACGUGACUUUGGUGAAUUUGUUGGAGCCUCCAAGGAUAUGAUCUUCAAUUUUGACCCCAACGAAAAGGUGUUUCCCGCAAAUCUCCGUCAGCAGUCGUUUGACAUCAACCAUAACGCAUCCCUUAUCUUGUCGAUGGUGAGACCAACGUACUCAGCUAUAUCUACUCUUUCAGAAGAUGAGACCUGUGUGGUGUUUGUUCCUGAAAGAAAACUGUGUGUUGAUAUUUCUGUUGAGCUGAUCAAGCAUGCUACGAAAGAUUCUGCUUAUUGGUUGAGAACCGAUCUUGACUCGAUCCAGCGCUAUUUGGAUCGUAUCCAAGACAGUUCGCUUGCAAGAGCAUUGCAAGAGGGUGUUGGUUUCUACUACAAAAACAUGGCAUCCAACGACAGACUCAUUGUGGAGAGGCUAUAUGCCGCAGGUGCACUAACUGUAUUGCUUGCGACCGAAAAUACUGCCGAAUGGUGUCCAUCAGGGAGCUUAGUGGUUGUUUUGAGUACUCAAACGUUUGAUGGUGGUGAGCACAGAUAUGUGGAUUAUCCAGUGAGUCGUUUGAUGGAGAUGACCGGGCUAGCAAGAGGAGAUGAUGGUCCUGGAACAGCAUUGGUUCUGACAAAUGCGUCCAAAGCCAGCUACUACAAGAAAUUUUUGUCUGAGCCGUUGCCUAUUGAAAGUUUCUUGAACUUUUCUUUGCACGAUUGUUUUCUGAACGAGAUCAGUACCGGUCUCAUCAAAUCGAGGCAGGACUGUAUUGACUGGAUCACAUAUUCGUACUUUUACAGACGACUCCAUGUCAACCCAAGUUUCUACGGUGUCAGUAACACUUCUCAUCUGGGUAUUUCUGAGUAUCUGUCUGAUUUGGUGGAGUUAACAUUGAAUGAUUUAGUUGACGGUAAACUCAUUGAGUUGAACACUGAUGAAGAAGACACGGAAGAAAGUGAGGCAGAAAUCAGCCCACUGAACGGAUGUAUGAUAUCGGCCUAUCAUAACGUAUCCUUCAUCACAAUGCAAACAUUCAUGCUUUCGCUCACGGCAAAGACCAAACUCAAGGGAUUGUUGGAGAUCCUCAGUGCUUCCUUUGAAUUUGAAUCCAUUCCUAUCAGACACCAUGAGCAGGCCAUUUUGACCCGAAUCUACAACAGAGUACCAGUCAAGGCUACUGAGGUGAACUACGAAUCGCCAGCUUUCAAGACCUUCCUGUUGCUCCAGGCUCAUUUUGGAAGACUCUCUUUGCCUCCCGACCUAGCCUCGGACCAGAAAUCGGUGCUGGACAGAGUACUACCUCUUGUGUAUGCAGCGAUUGACAUCCUAUCCAGUGAUGGUAAUUUGAAUGCUUUGAAUGCCAUGGAUUUGUCUCAAAUGAUAGUUCAGGCAGUAUGGGAUAGGGAUAGUCCUCUCAAGCAAAUUCCGUUCUUUGAUGAAACCUUGUUGGAGAGAUGUGAGGCUGCUAAAGUGGAGACGGUCUAUGAUAUCAUGGCAUUGGAAGACGAUGAACGUGAUGCUAUUCUCGAAGGUCUCACCAAGGGACAACUGGCCAAGGUUGCUGAAUGGGUCAACAGCUAUCCGAACUUGGAGAUCAACUAUGAACUUGAUUUAUCCACACCACUUGUUGUCGAUGACCCACGAGAGAUUGAGAUUACUCUGACUAGGGAUGAAGAACCCGAAGAUUUAACAGUCAUUGCUCCUCAUUUUACCUACAAGAAGCAGGAAAACUGGUGGAUAGUGAUCGGAGAUUCUACCAGAAAGCAGUUGUAUGCGAUAAAGAAAGUGAUAGUUGCGGCUGAGUCUCAGACUGUGAAACUACAGUUUGCAAUUCCGGACGCUGGACAUCAUAAGCUUACUGCCUGGUGUGUUUGUGACUCAUAUGUUGAUGCUGAUAAGGAGUUGAACAUUGAAGUUGACGUUGUGGACGGUGAUGCAGAUGUGAAUGUAUGA